AUGCCCGUCGCAGGCGGCGGUGCUGGUCGCCAUGACCGUGGCCCCAAGUCGGAUACCAACGCCGACACUGAUUACGGAACAGUCUCUGGCGGCACGCAGCUGCCGCUCUUGCGUGAGCGCAGUCGCCGCCGCUUGGUCUGUGAUGGCGAAGAAGAAGUGAGGAAAGUUGCAUCGUUCAAGUUCGUGACGAUAACACCGUUCCUGGACGUGAAACCGGUGCGCUCCACGGAAAGCGACACCAUCACCCCUAGUCUGGCAUCGACUCAGCACCGCGCCGUGACGGUGCUCCCUGGUAGCUUCGAUACUAAUAUCAUGGAUCAAAUAAGGAGGAAAUUUGGUGGUGUCAUGUUUCCGCGACAAAAUAAUGAUAAGUUGCAGCACUGCACCGUGCGGAAUUCCGCGCCUCCGCAGGAAAUCACGCUGGCGGUUGGGGACGGAUCAGGAAAACCAUCCUUGCUCCACACACCAUUAAUAGCUCCAGGAAGAACCACGGAAACGGAUGGCAACUACCAGGCGACACCCUGGAUUCUGCAAGAGGUGCCUGGCGGCGUCUUGCGGUGUCAGCGGGAGGGAAUACCGUCGUACCAACGACUUGAAACGCUGUGCGGUGAGACUAUUAUGUUUACUUUACCAUGUGAUAUGGUGGGCACACAUCACUUGAUGACUGCCUUGACCGAUCUCUUUGGACCCUUUGCCGUCCGAGUCCCCGGUGAUUCCCUCUACGGCAACACCAGUGGUGGUGAUAAGGUGCAUGCUGGCGCUGAGACUUUUGUUGAUGACGAUGCUCAAAGAAUUCGACAGUUGAUUUCUGAUGUAACAUUUUAUAUAUUAACAUUCUCAGACGCGGUGCUGACGCGUGCCGAGGGAGCGCUAUCGCUGGACGAACAACUCAUGGGACGCCCGCCACCGAUGGUGUCUAGUCUCACUGAACUUGUUGCGUUGUUUCAGAAGGAGAUGUAUCAGCGCUACGGUGUCCAUGUUGCUCCGUGGCAAAUCAUCCCAUACAGUGGCACGAUGAGUCAUGCCACGCGAGACGCACUCACUGCUAUUUUUGAGGCCCGACUGGCGCGACAGGGCUUAGUGGACACGGAGGACAUUGUGCUGUCUAUGUCUUCUGCGGAUACGCAGCUCUUUCCGCUCAAUACCUCGUGUACAUCGCUUCUACUGCCACAGUCGACGACAUGCAGCAGUGGGUCUUGCAUUCACACGGCAAUCAACACCUAUUGCAGUGUGGUGUAUGGUCAACAUUUUAACACGCAGAAACACACUAUUUCAGCGGAGCAGUUGGAGGACAUUGUGUGGCACUAUGCCUUGAAUACCACAUGGGAAGAGUCGGGCGCAUGUCAGCUUCUCCACACCGUGAAAUGCUUUGAGGGGAGUGCGGUGCAACACUAUUUGUCCUUCGCUGCCCUCUGUAUUGCGAUGUGGUGCCGGCAAAUGCGGAUGAUGCUUCCACAGAUGCGCAAAAUCCUGCGUGGGCAAAAAAAAAGACUUCGCGGUGAACUGAGGGUUAAGAGGGAACAAAGGAACGCGAUGAUGUCGGCGCUGAAGCAACUGAAAGAAGAAGCAAUUCCGCGCGUCAUGUCACAAAGUAUCCAAUUUCAACUGCAAGAAAGGUUCGAGGGGCUCACUGUUAUGUUUUGGUGGAGUUUGAUUGACUUGCUGAAUGAAGAAAAUAAAUGCAUUUACAAAGGCCAGCAGAAUGUAAAACGGUUUCCACCAUUCUCGACAUGCCACGUGGCACCAUUAUUGUCGUCGUCACAAUCCGUGCAGGCGAGAGAGCGCCUAGGGCAGCAAUACCGUAUUUUCAUGGAGUUCUACGUUGUGCAGAACUAUCAGAGGCAAAUGUCUCAACUGCGGCGCAUCAUCGCGGAGGAGAAGCGGAAGGCUGACGGCUCCUCCACACGCCUAGGGGUGAGUACAAGGAGCGAAGUGCUGACCCCGUCGUCUUCUGCCUCGGUGCCGUCGACGUUCAGUCUUGAGGAGGCCACCAGACACCACAUACCCUUCGUUGCGCAGCAUGCCUUGGAGCUCAAGGCGACGAUGGAGAAGGAAUUGACGCUGCAGCUCGCCCGUUUCAAUACGGAGGUGAUCAAUUACUUUAUGGCAGAGCUGGCUGUCGCAAUGCUUGACAUUGUGACGUUGUGCGAGCAGCAACGGAAGGAGGCAAAGAAAAAAAUGAUGGGCGUGGUGCGUUCUAUAGACUAUCUCAAUGGGUAUGAGUUGGCGGAGCGGAAGAUGCUGCGCUCAACGCUGCGCGAAUUCUCUCGCCUCGGCCUCGCCCAUCUGCCGCCGCCACGUCGAUUAGAAUCGUUUGUUACAGGGCUGCGUAGCGCACUGUGUGAGGACCAGAUUCUACUGAUUGUAAAGCACUUGGAGGAGGAUGAAGAGAGACAGCAGGCAAUGUGUGCUCCACGUACAACUGCUUAUCUCGCCAAGGCGGAGCGCGAGAAUCACGACCGACUUCUUCGGCCUACGGAGGUUGUUCACCCACUGAAUGCGCGCCUGCUGCAGCAGAUGCGGCUGCAUGAAGGUCUUUUCUGGGCGCCGGUUGAAAUUGAGGAUGUGACUCCAUUGCCGGAGAAAUGGAUGCGCAAAUCAACUAGUGUCGGAAUGGAGGAAGGAAACUCUAAAGCUGCUGCCCCGUUAAGAGGGCUAACAGGAUGUGCGGACGAUCUACCACAACGACAGUGGUGUUGGGAUCUGGACGACGACGAGGCGCCGACCAACCCUCUCUGGUUUAUCCUCAGAGUGUGGCAAGAGGUGCUCUCCGUCAUGUCGUUUCGCCCAUGGGUGGUGCUACACAGUGUGCGGUACGCUACUCUUCUGAACAACAUUUGUCUUAUCUUCCUCAAGGGACAUGCACGCCUCGACAAGGUGCUGAAUGAUGACACUCGCGACCUCGAGUCGGCGCUGUGUAGGGCGCGCAAAGAGGCGUACCGCCUGGAGGUUGACGUGCCUGACGCACUCCAGCGUCUCAGCAGCACCGCCGCCACCGUAGCGCACGACCUGAAGAGUGCUGAUGGGGAGAACAUUAUGGGAGCCGGGAUGUAUAGUACGAAGACUGAUAUAUAA